UGUGUCAUUUUUUAACAAACAGAAAAUAACAGUAAUUGAAAUGCAUAUUUCAUGACCUUGAUAUUUAAAUCUGAUCAUUUUCCAAAAACCACAUUUAAUGAACAUGAAUGGAGGAUAGACCUUUAAAAGGGAUUAGAGAAGGGAAGAGCAGUGAUGAGGAGUUGUCUGUGCAUGUGUGUGAGGUGUUGGACCAGCUAGGCUACAGUCAGACAAUGGUCAAACACAGGCGGGAAUCUUGGAGAGAAGGGGCUGCAAAGUGGAAUGAAAAAGGACAAAACCCAACUGUAAUCAUUGCAGGCAGUAAGGGUGAGGGAUUAACACCACCAAAUGAGAGUGAUACUGAUAGGAUGUUCCAAGACAACUACACAGUGUGUAGAAUACCAGAAGAUGACUCUCUGACAUUGCCUGACACCCACUAUGAGUUCACUAUGGACAGAGAACACUGCCAUCCAGGACACUUCAGACUGGAGCUAAAACACACAGGGACCUCGGAGAAUUCAAACAUUCAGCAGGCUCUGUUUGUCCAUGAGGAUGGCAGAACAUUCAUUUCAAGUGAAAAGUACACAAUAUCUCAAAUCAAGGACAAAACUAAGGAAACCAUUUCUGGGCCAGCUCUCAAAGAGUAUAAUGAACUUUAUAUUUGGGACCAUGUCCAUGCCUUCCCCUGCACCAGUCAACAACAGCUGCUCUCAGAGUGGAUCAACAGACCCAGACACCACAACUGGCCAACACCUGACAUGAUAGCAGAGGUGUCGAAACUCCAAGCGCAAAUGGUUCCUGUGGGCUGUAAAAGUAGUGAACAUAAAGAUAUUGAAUGGAGGGUUUGUUUUAUCCCCGGUGAGCAAAGGUUAACUGACAGCUGGAAUGAGAACCAUUUCAAAAUAUACAUCUUGCUCAAGUGGAUAAAUAAUUCCCACCUGAAACCAAUAUGUGAUGAAAUAUCAUCAUACAUACUGAAAAAUAUCAUGCUGUGGUACACAGAACAGAAUCCAGCAAAAAUAUUUACCAAGAAGAAUUUACUUCAAAAUGUAUUCUCAUGUCUGAAGAAUCUCCAAGAAGCCAUACAAGCCAGCAACCAUCUUCCCUACUAUAUGAUCCCUGCCAGAAACCUGCUGUCAGGCAGAGUCAGCCCAGAACAACAACAACAACUUAUAGCUAAGCUAGAAGAGUUGAUACAAGAAGGUCCCUGCACGAUACUGAGAUGCCCUAAAGUGGAGGCAGCGCGGCAGAUGUCCUCAGUUAAGCUGGCAGAGAAAGGCUGCUGGAGGGACAAACUAGAAAAGCUAGGACUGCAGAGAUGGAGAAUAUGGGAGACAUAUUGGAGACCUGGCAUGAAGCAGGAAGAAAUUGGCCAACUGGCAAGGGGAAAUCCACACUAUAUCAGGGUAGAGGAAAAGAUGAAUGACAUGGUCUGGCCUCAGUGGAGGGACAAUGAGGGAGGUGAAAUAAGGGCAGAUAAAUUGAAUAAGAAAAUUAAAGAUGCCCUAUCAUAGCUAUAAAAGGCAAGAAACACUGGAGAGAUAUCAGUCCUUGAAAUUAGUCUUUUCGUUGAACAAGCCAGAAUUCAUACACCACUGCUCUACAUUACAUUUUUUAACAAGCCCUGCUGUAUAAAAACCAAAACUUGAGCAAGCAUGGAAAGCACCAGUACAGGGCUUGCAGGCUUGUGCUAAUUUCAACCACUGAGAUAUAUUAAAAAUACAAAAGAUAAAUGGAGUUAUACAUCACAAAUGUGUAUGAGACAGGCAUUUGUUUUAAGCUUGGGGGGGGGGGGUCAUUGGUCAAGGGCUGGUCAUGCAAUGAUGCAAUGACCCCAUUAUUAUUCCAUAUAUGGUCACCAAAUUUAUAUCAUACCAAAACGGCGUCUAUUUUCCAAUUCAGAUGAAUAUUCCAAUGAAUAAAUGAAACAUUAAAAAUUGUAAACAGGUUGUCUACGUGAUAUUAACAUUGCGGGGUCAGUAGGUGACCCGAUAUGCGUCACAUACAAACCCUGUAGCUUAUAAUAUAAAACAACGAGUCUAAAGAUUAAAACACUGGCAUCUUGAUGUACAGAAGCAACUUGUAAAGAAACAUACAAUAUGACAGUGACUGAAUCAUUGCAGAAUUAUAAAAAAAAAGUGUAUUGAAAAGGAAAUUUGAUGAUGCUGUGUGGUUUUUGGAAAGAAAAUGACAUAACUAGAUACAAGAUAACAGUACUAACACUUACAAUAUAUAAACAUUUUGUUUCAAUUGCAAAUAAUUACAAAGGAAUCCUAAGUAUCUAGGUAACAACCAGAAUUAAUUGACUUUUGGAAACUUUUAAAUUUAAAACCUGUAUAAUGAUAUUUAUACCAUAAUGAAUGUGAUGGAUUAAAAAAGCCUUUCUUCGA